AUUCAAUCAGGCCAUGUACUUUUCUAUAGGGAAGUAACAUCUGCAUCCGACCACUUACCGUCGUCGGGGCGAUCCGUGUCCUGUGAGAGUCUGUGGUGCAACGGAUUCUUUUUUCAUUUUCUUCUCCCUCUCUUAGAACAUACCUUUACCUCUAUUUCACGCAAAAAUAGCGUAAUCCAGCGAAAGCUUGCAAGUGGCACAAAGAUGACUCCGACGUAUUCAAGAGCUUUCACUACCUUUGCGAUCUAUUUAAUUAUGACAGCAGCAUUUGGAACUGGUCAAAACCUUCAAGAAAGGGCGGAAUUGCCUGAUUUGAAUGAUUUUCCCCUUGAACAUGGAUUUGCUGAACAUCCAGCUAUCCACGAGCAAAAACCACUUGAGCAAGGGCCAGACAGGAAAAAACGUAGUCCUCGACCACGAGUUACAAGAACAAAGCCAAUCAGUACGGUGUCAAAACCUACAGUAACAACGAGUGAGACAAAUUGUGAGCAUUCGAAGAGCUGUGAACAUUGGAAGAAUCUUUCAACGCAAUUAAAGAAUCGCAUUCGUGCUAAACUUUGGCGAGAUAGUUUAGUGAGUAUCCUAGCGGAGAUCUUCGAUUGUCAAACAAACGAAAUGAUGACUUUUCUCCGUACAUUCUCAGCCGGAAAAAGUUCGACGUGAAAAAAGUAGGCUUGCAACUGUUAAAUUUCGAGCAAAUGAACCAGUAGAGGAAAAAUUAGCAAGAUAUGAACGACAUAAUAAAAUCCGUAGAGCUAGAUAUGGUGCUCUUCAAGGUCAAGAGAGGGAAGAGAAGCUUGCUAAAUUAAGGGCAUACUAUCAUAAAAGUAGGUCUCGGUGUUUUUGGGUGGUUUGCC